AUGCGGAUUGUCGCACGCUUCAGUGCGCCCGGGUCAGCCAGGCGGGCGCGGAACGGUCAUUGUUCGGGCGUCAUCGUGGUCGGGCUCCGGGCGACGGUGAAGAGGAGCAUCCGUACGGACCAGCGGGACAGGGCGGCCAGACCCCCGGGACCCGGAUGCGUGUCGGCGGCCCCGUCCCGCGGCGGACAAUGUCCCAGGAAGGCCGCGCCGACGACGGCGCCCCGGCGCGUCUUGCUGGCGAGCAGCGUUGUGUGUCUGCGGAGAUGUCCGCUCGAGCGCACUGGACGGUGUGAGACGGUGCAGGUGCAUCGAAGGGGCGUGUUCGACUUGAGCGUCGUGGCACCGAAGGCGAUCCAGGAGUCGGGACACAGCGACGAUCGUGUGCAUGCGGAACAGCGCGACGUACUAGCUGGCGGGAGAGAGUCCGGGAUGCACGAGUGCGGCACGGCGGGAGGCGGGCUCGUGCAGGCGGGCGGGGUAGCGCGGUCCGAUGGGCGGAAGCGGAGAAGUCUCAGCGUCGAGCGUCGAGCGCUGGGCGGGCGGUGUACUGCGGAGCGGGUAUACUGCGGGGCGGGAGCUGUUGGUGGAUGGGAACCGGUACAUGUGCACCGCAUGAGACGGCGUGGGGUCGAGAUCGGACACGUCUGCCGCUACAAGAGACACGAACGACGCACCUGA